AUGAAUAAAGGAAACAAUGCUGGAGAUACAUCAGGAACACCAGGGUACAUGGCACCAGAAGUAAUGUGUAGAAUGGACCAUUCAGUGGUGGCUGAUUAUUAUGCACUAGGAGUAAUAACAUAUGAAUUGAUGCUUGGAAGAAGACCUUAUAAUGGUAGAACCAGGCAAGAUAUCAGAGAGUAAAUUCUAGCUAAGUAGGUUCAGGUAAAAAAGGAGGAGUUGCCUUUAGGAUGGAGUGAGAGUUCUCUCGACUUUGUUAAUUAGUUAAUAUUGAGAAAGCCGGAAAGAAGACUUGGUAGUAAUGGGAUUGAGGAGAUAUUGCAUCAUUCUUGGUUGAAAGGGUAUCCUUGGGAUGAUUUACUGAAAAAGAAAAUUCAAGCUCUUUAUGUUCCAGGAGCUGUGGAUGAUAAUUUCGAUUUUUAGAAUCAGAUCUCAGAGGAAACUUAAUUGAAUGAUGACUAGUAAUUGGAGAAUCAGGUUCUGUUGAGGAGGGAUACUGUGUAAUCUUUGUUCGAUGGGUACAAUUUUGAUGUUGAAUUAAAAAACAUUCAACAUUAAUAAACUUAAAAGAAUCAUUCUUAAAGGAAAUCACAACCGGUUUCUCCAGAGAAAAGAGCAUGACUUUGAAAAUUUAUUAAUAAAAAGUG